AUGAUUAGGACUGCGAAAUUGGAAAACCAAGCGAGAGAAAUAGUGUCAGCGUUUGGAGUAAAGCUGCAAUAUUGGAGUCAGAAAGUAGAACAGAACAAGAUAGCUUCUUUUACAAGGUUAGCUUUGUGUUUGGAAGAUGGCGAAAAUAUUACUUUUGCUGACAUCAAAGACACACUUGUAAGAUAUCUUAUCAACCUCAGAAAGCGGUUUUCAGAUUACUUUCCAGAUCUUGAUACACGUACUGUCAGUUGGAUUGUAGAUCCUUUUAAAUGUGAAAUUGCUAUGAUACCAGAAGAACCUUCAGGUUUGGCAGAAGCAAUUCUUGAACUUCGAUCUAAUAUUGAAGCACGUAUUCAAUUUGAGAGUAAACCAAAUCUGUCGUCUUUUUGGAUGUCAAAAGCCGCAAAGGCUUUCAAAAUUGCACAUGAAGAGGCGGUUAAAAAAUUGCUGCCAUUUGGAAUAACAUAUUUGUGCGAACAAGGCUUUUUCACUCUAAUGAACAUAAAAACGAAGAACAGAAAUCGAUUAAACGCCGAAGACUGUAUUCAAAUCGCUCUUACAUCAAAAAAUCCCAAUUUUGAAGCAAUUGUAUCGAACAUGAAACAACAUCAUUUCUCCAAAACGUGA